AUGGCGUCAGCUAAGGAUAGUAUCAUAGUUAUAACCUUUGUAACUGGUAAGACUGACCCUUUAUUGUUCGAAAAGUGGGUGGAAGGACUUGAAAUGCUUGUUUCCGCCAGAGAGUGGAAGAGCACCGGGCUUGGUGGUUUUAUCCACGUCGUUCGACAGAGUGUCGUGGUCGUAGGCGGCCAAGACAAAGAGAAGGGACUGUCCUUGCUUAGGUGUUUUGGUAAUAGCAAAAGUUAUAUGUGUCUCGAUGAUUGUUGGGAAGAGUUCUGCGUGAACCGCUGCGCGCAUGAUGUCAAGUUCGGGGUCGUCACGGACAAAAGCCCGGAUAGAUGUGGGCGCGCCGUUGCCAAUGGCAAUGACGGACAUGAAAAUGGCGAAGACCAUGGGAAUUUUUGGAAGUUGGCUCUCUUAACAAACAUUGCUUGGUGUGCAAUAUCAGUUGUCAACAUCGCCAUAUUCAUUUUUGGUGGUGGUUUUGCCACAAAGGCAGCCACAAUUGUCUCCUUUGUGAGCAACACGACUGGCGCCGCCGUAGAGGUUCUCAAAGGGGUCCCAGCUGUCCUCACAAAUCCGAGUUCUUGGGUCAUCAACAUAAACCCUACAGGGCCGUCCCAAACUGCCAACCCUAGUCCGGCGUACUGGAGCGGAGCUGAUAGGUUCUGGACUACUUUGGUCGGUUAUUUGGUCGCCUGCCUUACCGCAGACAUAUACUUGCAUCAUGGUAGACCUCUGAGCUCCAGUCAGGCCGGCCAAAAGCGCAAGGUCUUUCUCAUUAAUGCAUUGAACCAGGGGAGUGGUGUCAUGAAGGUGAUCCUGAUUAUUGGGAUUCAGAUUCUCAUCUUCCCACUCUACUGUGGCUUACUUCUUGAUGUGGCACUUCUCCCGCUUUUUGAGAACACCACUAUCAAGUCAAGUGUUACGACCAGGAUUGGUACCGACACGAUUGGGCAAGAAUGA